GAAUUGUUCAUUUUUCUUCCUUUUGUUCCCAAAAAUUCAUAUCUGUGUCCACUUUUCUCAUUUCUAGCAUCACCAUCUUUGGCACUGGGGCUAAGUGGCUGUCGUUGGUGCAGGAGAAGAACCUCAAACCUUCGGAAUCACACGACCUCCAGUCUCUUCAUACCAUCCUGUCCACUGGAUCGCCACUCAAACCUCAGAGCUACGACUACGUCUAUCGCUGCAUCAAGCGCACCGUGCUGCUGGGCUCCAUCUCAGGUGGGACUGAUAUAGUUUCGUGUUUCAUGGGCCAAAACCCAACGGUUCCAGUGUACCGGGGCGAGAUCCAGUCACGAAACCUCGGCAUGGCUGUGGAAGCCUGGAGCACUGAGGGUAAGCCAGUUUGGGGCGAGAGCGGUGAACUGGUCUGCCUGAAGCCGAUCCCCUGCCAACCCACUCACUUCUGGAAUGAUGAGAAUGGCAGCAAAUACCACAAAGCUUACUUUUCCACGUUUCCUGGUGUGUGGGCCCAUGGAGAUUAUUGCAAAAUCAACCCAAAGACAGGAGGCAUCGUCAUGCUGGGGAGAAGCGACGGCACGCUGAAUCCCAACGGAGUUCGCUUUGGGAGCUCAGAGAUCUACAACAUCGUGGAGGCUUUCGAGGAAGUGUCAGACAGUCUUUGUGUGCCCCAGUACAAUGCAGAUGGAGAGGAAAGAGUUAUUUUGUUCUUAAAGAUGGCUCCUAGAAAGCCCUUCCAUCCGGAGCUGGUGACAAAGAUUAAAGGAGCCAUCAGAAAAGCUUUGUCUGCCCGACACAUCCCUGCCUUGCUCCUGGAGACAAAAGACAUUCCCUACACCAUCAGCGGGAAGAAGGUGGAGGUUGCUGUGAAGCAGAUCAUUGCUGGUCGGGAGGUUGCACAGAGAGGAGCGUUCUCCAACCCUGACUCACUGGACCUCUACAAGAACAUUCCUGAGCUGCAAAACUAUUAAGCAUACAUGACUGAGGAGGAGAGACUCUACAAACGUCAAUUUUAGUAAAACUGUCUUGGGUAGAGGGGAGGGACGGUGGAAAACGGAGGUACUCUCGGAUUUAUGGGUAGAAGAAAUGGGAACAAGUGUUUUUAAAAUAAUAGGGAAUUACAUCAAUGCAUAAUAAGCUGAUGGUACAAUGCAGGGAGACUUUGCACCAUGAGGUACCCUGGUUGAUAGGCAAGCUUUUAAUACUGUCUUUAUGCUGCUGCUCAUAGUGUGUCAAGCUGUUUAAAUAAAUGUUAACCGAAUUAAACUCUGGGCGUAAUGUGAUGUGCACAGCAGUGCUUGUGAGUCAGCUUAUCCCGUAAAGCUUGCUAUGAAAACUUUAAGCGCAGCAUUAAGUGUUUGCGUACACAGUUUGAUUUUCAUCAUCCUUUAAAGAAUCUCAUCUCUCUGCGGUUCUCAUCUCUACCCCUGAUGCUGCUUCAGAAAAGCUUUAGGAAUAAAACCUGGGAAGGUGUGCAGAAAAAUACUCAUAAAACUUCACUUCAUGCCAGCAGAUCAUUGUUGUAUGGUGUGCAUCGCUUUAUGUAUGUGUGUGUGUGUGUAUGUGUGCAUGUGUGUGUGUGUGUGUGUGUAUGCAUAUGCAUAUGCAUAUCAAUAAGACGACUAAUAUAUAUUUUUGGAAGAUGAACUUGUGUUUAUAAUUAUGCAUUCAAAUAUAACCGUCUAAACAUAACCAAAGGUUGGGAUUCUGUUUGGAUCUUGCAUGAAAUGUCAAAGUUUACU